CGGGUCAAAUCCAACAAAAAACGCCAAGUUUCACCUCAACUUGCCAAAUCCCCUGUCAGACGCCCGGCUUGACUCAGCGCAGCAAAUCGCCGAAAAAAUCGCCGCGAGCUGUCACCACUGAGCGCCAAUCGCUUGCCUGCAACUCGGCCGCGUGUCUCUCAACUCCAAGGUCCAGACACAGAAUGCAGCGCAUACGACACUCGGGCGCACUACUCGCCACCAUCUUGGCUACCGCCGUCGCCGUCGCGCCAGCACGCCGUGCCAUGCACACGAGGGCGCUACGCGUCUCCGGCGGCGCCAACGCCACAUCGCUCGCGCCGGAGGCCAAGGCGGGACUGCUCGACGGCGGUGGGGGCGGGAGCCUCGCGACCCGCCUCUUUGGCGUGAUCCGCAAAACGGUGCGCAUGACGUUGCGGCUGCUCGGCUUCGGCAAAGACGGAGGAGACGAGGACACCGCGCCUGCAACGAAGAAAAAGGUAGCAGCGAAGAAGAAGCGACGCUCGCCGGCACGCGCGAGCCCGGCCCAGCGUCAGGCGCAGCGAAUUUCGAGAGAGCUGACCGACUUCGUCGAAAAUCCGCCCGACGGCUGCAAGGUGAGCGUCGGCAAGAACUUGAACGUCUGGAUCGUGACGAUGACGGGCGCGGAAGGUACUAUUUUCGCUGGCGAAAAGUACAAGCUGCGCGUGAGUUUCCCCGCGGACUACCCGACGAGCCCGCCGAGUUGUUAUUUCCUGGAGCCGACGCCGCGGCACCCGCACGUCUACACGAACGGUGACAUCUGCCUGAACCUCCUAGGCAACGGCUGGCGGCCGACGAUCACCGUGGCGCAGCUCUCCUUAUCCAUCCUCUCGAUGCUCUCGUCCGCGAAGACGAAGGGCAUCCCGCAGGACAACGCGGUGCACGCCGCGUCCGCGCCGGGCAAGCCGCAGGAGGGCUGGAUGUACCACGACGAUAGCUGCUAGGUAAUGUUGUAACGGAAAAGUCCAAAAGUCUAUGAACGCUAGACACCAGACACAUUUGAAGCGACCCCACAAACAAAAAUACACGCGAAUC